AUGAAGCGGUUCGAGUGGCUGCUAAUCGUAGCCUGCAUUGCGUCCUCCUCGGCGGCAGCUACGCAACGGAGACGACGCCACAGCAUCGUGGAGGCAGCUGCCACACCCAGCAGCAACGGUUGGAGCAUGGGUCUUGGACUGGGCCUGGGCCUGGGUCCGGAGAUGAGUCUGGUGCGUCGCGUUUAUGAUGAUUGCCAGGACAAGAGCGACUUCAUUGGCUGCCUCAAGCAGAAGGCGCUGCAUGCACUGUCGCGCGCACUCGAUCAGGACUCCAUUAAGAUCAUGGAUGGCCUGGUGCUGGAGAAACAGAAUCACACCGAGACUGAGAGCGUGCUGGGCUCCCUCACGGAUGCCCGACAGUUUGGCAGCCUCUCGCCCAUCGAUCGCGCGCUGCUCGCCAAAGCCGACAAGUUGCUGCGCACCCACACGCUGAAGCUGGACAUGGACAUGGGCGCGGAGUCGGUGGGGCGCGGUGAGCAUGGCCACAAGAAAAAGAAGCACAAGGAGGGUGGCCACAUCAAGUACGUGAUUGCCGCACUGCUGACGGCCAUGGGCAUUGCCGGUCCGCUGGGUCUCAAGGCGCUGGCGGCGAUCGCUGGCAAGGCGCUGGUCAUCAGCAAGGUGGCCCUGACCAUAGCCGGCAUUAUAGCACUCAAGAAGCUCUUCUCGCAGGAUAACGGCCAAGAGACGAGCUUCCAGGUGCAUGCAGGCGAGCACAAUAGGCGCAACACCUACGUCAUUCGGCCCGUGUCCAAGACGAAUGCCGGCAUGGGUGUGACCGCAGCCGGUGUCAGCUCUUCGGUGGAUCCAUAUCGCUACUACUACGAGUCGCAGAUGCAGUAACGAGUCCUCUCUCGCUCUAGUGGAUGUUUGGAGAAAUCUUCGCUCUUGGCAGCGGAGUCCUGAAGCAGCUAAACAACCAAAGAAUCGUACACAAAAACAGACGCCGGGCUAGAAACAGCCUGGGCAUAGCAGGCCCUAACCUUACAGUAGUAGAUCUUAAGUUUUAGGAUAAUCUAUUUAACA